AUGGAGAUUCAGGAGGGACUUGGCGGCACCAUUUUGCACGAAGUUGACGCCCAUAACAUGACUGAACACCCCGACCUCAGGCACAAAUCUUUCGACCGGAUCGUCUUCAAUUUCCAGCACACCGGUUACAAGGGUCACGACCAUUCGAACUCCCAAAUUCAGCGACACCAAGAACUGGUGAGAGCGUUCUUGAAGAGCGCAAGGUCGAUGCUGACCAGAAAUGGCCAGAUUCACGCGACGCACAAGACGGCCUAUCCCUUCAGCAAGUGGGAGAUAGAGAAGCUGCCCGAGGAAGACGAAAAGCUGCGUUUGGUUGAGAAGGCAAAGUUCUCGGAAUCGGACUAUUCCGGUUAUGUCAAUAAGAGGGGAGAUGGGUCAUGA